GCAAGAAGACAUUUUAUGGACGCAAGUUUUUUCAUUUCUUUCACACCUCCGAAGUCUGAUAAUGUACAGAUAUUAUCGGGAUCUUUUUUUUUACAAGAGUUUGAGGGAUGUGAAUUUAUUUUGUUAAAACUAUUGUGUUUAGUCUGAGCCUAAACAGAAUCAAAUGAUUCACACUUGAAUUCAUUCACCUCCAUACACACUCAAGCCUUGCAAGGACUAAGAAUUGCUGCAUUAACCGGAGGAAGAAAAUUAACAAAAGCCAUGGAGAACUCAACCCAAGUCAAGUUCUUUUAUCUCUUUGGCUUACAAGAGACAUUUAACAACAAAUCGGUCUAUUUUAUAUUGUCUCUUAUCACAUACCUUCUCAUCAUCACAGUGAAUCUAACUCUGAUCAUAACAAUCAUUCAGCAGAAAGGUCUCCAUGAGCCCAUGUAUAUCUUUCUGUGUAGUCUAUGUAUCAAUGGAUUGUAUGGAACUGCUGGUUUCUACCCCAAGUUCUUACUGGACCUUCAGUCAGAUGUUCAGGUGAUAUCUUAUGGUGGAUGUUUGACUCAAACCUUUGUAAUAUACACAUCUGUCAUGUGUGAAAUGUCUACUCUAACAGUGAUGUCUUACGACAGGUAUGUGGCAAUAUGCAGACCACUACUAUAUCAUAACAUUGUGACAUCUAUAACUGUUAGAAAGUUACUAUUAUUGUCUUGGUGUUAUCCUUUAUUUAUAGGACUCAUAGUAGUUAGUUUAGCUGUCAGAGUUCCUUUGUGUGGAUCUCGCAUUGAUAAGAUAUUCUGUGACAUUCCGUCUAUACUGAAACAUGCAUGUUUACCUAUUCCCAUCAAUCAGAUUUUGAACAAAUUUGUAAUUAUGGUUCAUGUUUUACCGAUACUUUUCAUUGUAUUUUCUUACUGUCAGAUUGUAAGGACUUGUGUAAAGUCAGAUAAGGGAAGGAUUAAGUUCACACAGACAUGUGUGCCACAUUUAAUAACAAUAUUUAUUUUCAUCACAGUGACCCUGUUUGACAAUCUGCAAGGAUGGAAUAGUAAUGUAAAUAUAACUCUAAAUAUGCGUAAUGCAAUGGCUGUACAAUUCCUUGUUAUCCCACCUGUCUUUAACCCUCUCAUAUAUGGACUUAACCUUCAGCAGAUUCGAAGGGCAGUUUUUAGAAAGUGUAAUCCACAUAACAUCAUUGAUAUUACAUUUUAGUUACAUAAUCUUACACACCAGGGAGACUUCCUGAUAUCAGAAGUCAACAAAUACAAAGGUAAAAUCUGCCAAAACUGUUGAAGAUUAAAUGGCGCCUCAUUUCUUGAUACCUGUCGCCAAGAGCGCAACUUUUGUUUUAGAAGUGGAGAGGAAGGGGGGGACAACACCUGGCAGGGGGUCCUCCCUAAAUUUCACUCUACCCGACCCAAAAAAAUCUUAGUCAACCAUUGAGUAGUCUUUUCUUUCGAUCUAAUGGAUUUGUAUACAUUUAAAUAUAUAUAUUUUUCCAUAUAUACACCCAACCGAUGUGCCAAUUUAUUUGACCAUUUCUACCAAUCUGCUUACCAGUAAUAAUUUUCAUGUGCACAUUAUUGUGGAACAUUUUCUUUUAAUAUAUAAUAGUCUUUGUAUCUCAAAAUCAUUGUCUGUGGUUUAUCUACAAUCUUAAUCUAAAUGAAAAAGAUACAAAUCUAAAAGUAACGUUUAUUGCAGUUGCCAACUAUGUAAACAUAGCGGCAGGGUAGCCUAGUGGUUAGAGCGUUGGACUAGUAACCGGAAGGUUGCAAAUUCAAACUCCCGAGCUGACAAGGUACAAAUCUGUUGUUCUGCCCCUGAACAGGCAGUUAACCCACUGUUCCUAGGCUGUCAUUGUAAAUAAGAAUUUGGUCUUAACUGACUUGCCUAGUUAAAUAAAGGUAAAAUAAAUGAAAAAAAUAAAGCCAACACAUAAAAAUAUUAUCCUGAUAAAAUCACAUUGGCUUUGCAUGACCUGUCUGCAAAUAACUCUAAACAUUG